CCUUCUUCCACUGUAAAGAGGAGAUAAAGAGCGCAAGUGAAGAAGGAAUACACGCCAAACCUAAUCACCUUCUCGGAAACUAUGGCAGAGUCUCUCCAAGCAGCGGCUACACUAAUGCAACCGACCCAGGUCGGAGCAUCAGCUCGGAUUAGAUCCUCACAGAGCGUUAGCAAGGCUUUCGGCUACGAGCCAGUCGCCGCCAGACUGAAAUGUUCUCUGCAGAGCGACUUCAAAGACCUGGCCCUAAAGUGCGUCGAUGCCGCCAAGAUCGCUGGUUUAGCCCUUGUGACUUCAGCCCUCGUCGUUUCGGGAGCCGGUGCAGAAGGAGUGCCCAAAAGACUAACCUACGAUGAAAUCCAGAGCAAGACGUACAUGGAAGUGAAGGGAACGGGAACUGCAAAUCAGUGCCCGACUAUUGAAGGCGGUGUGGAAACCUUCGCCUUUAAGCCAGGCCAGUACAGUAUGAAGAAGUUCUGCUUGGAGCCAACGUCGUUCACCGUCAAGGCCGAGGGUGUGAGCAAGAACGCCCCAGCUGAAUUCCAGAAGACGAAGCUCAUGACCCGUUUGACCUACACUUUGGACGAGAUUGAAGGACCCUUCGAGGUUGUCCCCGACGGUACCGUCAAGUUCGUGGAGAAAGACGGCAUCGACUAUGCCGCUGUUACGGUUCAGCUCCCAGGAGGAGAGCGUGUGCCUUUCCUCUUCACCAUCAAGCAGCUUGUGGCAUCUGGAAAGCCAGAGAACUUUGGAGGGCCGUUCUUGGUGCCGUCUUACAGGGGUUCAUCUUUCUUAGACCCCAAGGGGAGAGGUGGUUCGACCGGUUACGACAAUGCAGUAGCGUUGCCCGCCGGUGGAAGAGGAGAUGAGGAGGAAUUGGUUAAGGAGAACAUUAAGGAAACUUCAUCGUCGACUGGAAACAUUAGUCUGAGUGUCACCAAGAGCAAGCCUGAGAGUGGAGAGAUCAUCGGAGUUUUCGAAAGCAUUCAACCGUCUGAUACUGAUUUGGGGGCAAAGGUUCCCAAAGACGUGAAGAUCCAAGGGAUCUGGUAUGCCCAACUCGAGUAGAGUAGAACUUUCUUCUUUGAAUUGGGAUUUUGAUUUUGUAGAA